AUGGCGCAAGCGGCGGAUCCGCGGGCGUGCGGCGGAAGCGAGUCGAGUGACGAGGAGGGGGAAGGCGCGGGGGGAUUAAUGGGGCCUCUGGGGAGGAUAGGCCUGGGGGACGAGGGGGAGGACGAGAGCUCCGCGGAAGAUGGAGAGGAUUCGCGGGGCGCGAAGGCCGCGGAAGGCGCGGAGGGCUCGAAGGAGGGACGCGGGCGGCGGAACGCGAGGGGCGGCGGAGCGGGCGUGGGCCCUGUCGCGCCUCCGCCGAGCGCCUUGCGCGACGGCGGCGGGGAUGGGCGGCGGAGGAGGGGAGAGAUGGCGGUAGGCAGGGAGAGGGUUCACGGGGAGGCGCUGUCAGGGCGCGGGGAGGAAGGAAGGGAGAACGGAGACGGGAGCGGGGAGGAGGAACGGGGAGGAGGGGAUGGGGAGGGGGAAGGGGGAAUGCGCGGAGGUGUGGUGCAUGUGGGUUACCAGCCCUUGAACAGCUCUAUCCCCCCUCUCCUCGUGCGCCAGGUGCCCUCCCAAGGCCUCUCCUUCCAGCUCUGGCCUGCUGCUGAAGCGCUCUGCCACUUCCUGGAAGCUUCCUUCGGACCCUGCGCUAGUCAACCCCCUUUUGCACAGCAUCAACAAGAGCAGCAGAAGCAGCAACAGCAAGAGCGGCAGCCGCAGGAGCAGCAACAGGACCAGAACGAGCAGAAGCAGCAACAGCCGGAGCAGCAGCAGCGGGAGCAGAAGCAGGAACAGCAGCAGCAUGAUAAGGAGGUGGGGGAGGAGGCAGAUACAGAGACAGGGACAGGGACAGAGGAGCCUCACUUACAGAAGGGGGAGGGGGAGAAGCAGCUGAGUGAACAAAACGCAGGUAGCAAGAAAGGCCGCUAUCAGCAGCAAAAGCACGAUCAGCGGACCAACACAGAACCCAAGUUCCUUUCACCGCUGCUGCAGCAGAUUCAGAAGCAGAGGCGGGAGAAGCAGGGAGCGUGCGGUCUGCAGGGGUUGAGAGUGGUGGAGCUGGGUGCAGGGACGGGUCUGGCUGGUAUGAUGGCAGCAGUACUAGGAGCGAAGCAAAUGGUUCUUACAGACCUACCCCAUGUGCUGCCGAACCUACAGACAAACGUGCAGCUCAAUGCAGGUUCGUUUGAGUCGAAGCAAAUGGCACGGCAGCUGAAUGUUCCGGACCUACCUCAUGUGCUGCCAAACCUGCAGGGGAAUGUGCAGGGGAACAAGGAGGUGAACUUAGGUGGAGGGAGUGCUAUUGAUGCGGGUGACUUGGAUAGUGGGGCUCUGGAAUAUGGUGAGGUGCAGGGAGAAAGGGUGGAUGUGCGGGUGUUGCGAUGGGGCGAGCCAGAGGACAUGGCAGUGCUUGAGAAGGAGUACAGGAGGACGGGCCAACGGUGCACCGAACCGUUGCCAGGUUCGGAUGGGCUGGAUAUUAAUGUGCCGAACCUGGAGGUGCGGGAUUCGGAGCGGCGUGAAGGUUUAUGA